AUGCGUACAAAGAAAACGGCAGAGUACAAGACCAUCCAACCCUUCGGAGCAGUCCCAGCAUUCCUCGAAGCCAACUCUCAAGGCCCAGCACUUGUCGAGUCCGUUGCCAUCCUCGAGUACCUCGACGAGACGCGACCUGAUUUCCCACUCCUGCCCAAGGACGCCACCGGCCGCGCAGUGGUCCGAGCGUUAGUCGAAGCAAUCGCGAUGGACAUCCAACCCGUCUGCCAGAUGCGCGUUCUCAAGUACAUCGGCAAGGACAAGGAAGCCGACUGGAUUUCUCACUUCCUCAAAGAAGGCUUCACAGCGUUUGAGAAGUUGUUGGAGAAGACUGCAGGAAAGUACUCCUACGGCGACUCGAUCACCAUGGCAGACCUCGUACUCGUCCCUCAAUUCUACAACGGUGUUCGCUUCGCGGUUGACAUGAGCGCGUACCCGAUCAUGUCCAGGAUCAACAACGAACUCGAAACCGUUCCUGCUUUCCAGGCAGCUCACCCCACGAAGCAGCCUGACUGCCCUCCUGAGUUGCGCUAA